AAAGCGACUGCGCAUGCGUGCGGCUCCCGGGUAGCUGACCGUCUCUGAGGCGGCGGGGCUCGGAUGGCUUCGCGGCGGCGACAGGAGGAGAUCCUCCGCUUCCACAGCUUCCUCCUGCAAUUUAUCCGCUUUGGGGGAUGCCCCCUUCGUGCACAUUUCAUUAAGUUCAAAUUACAACUUUGGCUGUGCUUUGAAAAACUAUAAUAUAUACCUUGGCAAAACUAUCUAAGGAAAGAUUUACACAGUGUAACCAAUUAAAGAAAAUACUCACACAGGCCAAAUAUGCAUCCUAAAAGAGUAUAUGAAGAAGGAAAGCAGAAUAAUAUAACUGGCCCUUCUACUUUUGAGACUGACCUACAAGUCCAUUUGAUCAGUGAAGGCCAUACAAAUCCCCUAGAAAAGCUUUGGGACCAAAAUGGAGUGUUUUUUAUUAUACAGAAAAUGAGAUCAAACGAAGAAAGCAGCAGUCUGGAAGAAGGGCAAAAUGGUGAACCUUCAGUUUCCGAAGUUUUCCCGAAAGAGAAUUUAUCACCAUCUCCUCUAGCCCUUUCAAGAGCAAGGCACUUGAUUUCUCUCUACACAAUGUCUCAAAAUCCAAACAUGAAACAUUUACAAAUAAGCCAUGCAGUGCAGCUUCCUCCACUCUGGGUACGAUGUGAACCUUCUGACCCAAAACAGACUAUUUGGCUUGGAGCAGAACCUUUGAGGAGUGGAAAUAGCCUUUCGGGAAUCAGGCUUCACACUAUUAAUUGUAAUGGUCCCGUUUCAAAUAAUAAUUAUUCUAUUGGCUUGGAAGAACUGAAAGAAAAUCAUAGAAUGAGACAUCAUGCUUCAGAUCUGACAAUCACAGGCUUUGCCCGUUAUGAAUUUCUCGAAUCCCCUUCACUGGAUUCCUUGACUCAGGAGGAUUCUCUUAUUCCAUUGGAGAGAAAUAUAUACGCAGAUUUUGCUUGGGAGGGUGUAAAAACGAUGCUGCAGACCCCUCCCCUCUCAUCUGCUGCUCUGCUGGCACUUCAGAUGACCUCUGGGAGCCCCUUGAGUUCUGUAUAUGAGCCAAACAGGGAAUUGCAGUUUCUCUUGAGUUUGGCUGAGACCUUGAAGAAUGGAGUAAUAAAAUGGCCGAAGGCCCUGGAAAGAAAGUCUGCGGUUGAACUAGUAGAGAAACUUUUGAAAGAUUUAAAAGAUGUAGUAGAUGGACAAAAUGAAGAUGAUACUGAGGAUAACACUGCUGCAGUCAUUGGUUCCAUGAAAACGCUUUUUAGUCAGCGCGGAGACCUUGAUUUCCUUGAACUGCUGUGGUGUAAUAUAUGGAGAAAUGUUGCUUCGCAUGAGGAACUGGUGAAGUGUUUUUCGUUGGUAAUAAGAGCCCUUCAGCAUGGAGAACUGCAGACAUGGAUUCAUCAAGAAAGUAGCAGUUUACUGAGCAAAUUGAUCAAGCAAUCUUAUCAUGGAAAGGUGGAAACAGUUUCUCUUGAAGGAGAUUCUCCCGUUCAAAUGCUUGUAGAAAUAGGUGUGGAUAAAAUGAAGAGAGACUAUAUCAGCUAUUUUGUGGGCAAAGAAUUUGCCAUACGGACUCAUUUGGAUUACUUCAUGUCCACUUCAGUAGAUCUUCAGGAACAGGUUCAUCGUAUCCAGAAACUACACCAUAUGUUGGAAAUUGUGGACAACUGCUUGGAUCUUAUCAAACUAGAACAUGAGAACCUCAUCUUUCUGACACAGUCUUGUAUCAAUUACUAUAAAGAAAAUCCUUUGAAUGAAAAGCAUGCAUUUCAGCUACCAGUCAGGACAUGUUUGGUGAAGGAAUUUUAUCAAAAUGCUCAUCCUCAAAUAUGGAGAGUGGAAAUCAGCAGCGGUCAAGGAUCAAAAAGGGUGAAAACAAUAUGGCAGCUUAGCAGUACCCCUCCAGCUGAACACAUGCAGCCAGCCAACGGAGAUUCACUAGAUGACACUGAACUCUGUGGCAACAGAGAGAAGCAUUUUAUCACACUUUCUGAGUGCUCUCAAGUGGACUUCAUCUAAAUAUGUGCAAUGCAUGAUUCUUUGCUUCACCCAUAAAGAGUUUCACUGUA